AUGGAUGGAGAUGCGAUGCUUGCUGCGUUUUUCCCCCUCUACACUUUGGGAACCGAGGGAAGUCACAGUGAUGCUUCCAAGGAUGAACAGAACAAGCCGUUUACCUUCAAGAAUUACCAGUUUGUUUUGGCCUUGACUUUUGCUGUUGAAGAGAUCAACAAAAAUCCUGCUUUUUUACAUAAUGUGACUCUGGGGUUUGAUGUCUCUAGUGUUCAAUUUGAAGCUUGGAAACAAUUUAAAAAUCCUUUCAUGAGCCUCUUUGGGAACUAUAACAGUCCAAACUAUUCUUGUAUGAGAGAGAGGAAGUCUAUAGCAGUACUAACAGGACCAUCAGGAUUAACAUCUGCCCAAUUGGGGACAUUACUGGACCUCUACAGGUUUCCACAGCUCACCUUUGGACCUUUUGAUCAGGCCCUGAGCGACCAUAACAAGUUCCCUGCUCUCUAUCAGAUGGCCCAAAAGGACACAUCGAUGGCCACUGCCAUGGUCUCCUUACUGCUUCACUACAGAUGGAACUGGGUGGGACUGUUGACCUUAGAAGAUGAGAAUGGAUUAUGGAUUCUUCCUGCAUUAAAAGAAGAGAUGGCCAAGAACAGAGUCUGUAUAGCUUUUGAACUAACAAUCCCAAACUAUGCCAUGUCAUUAAAAUUCAUGGUAGUUAAUGAACAGAUUAAUAAAUCUUCUGCAAAUGUCCUCAUCAUAUAUGUGGAUAAUGAAUCCCUACUGCAUUUAAUGAUCUGUAUUGAGCAGUAUUUCAUAAAAGGCAAAGUUUUUAUCAUGAACUCACAGUUGGAUUUCACCACUAGAAGGAGAUAUUUCCUGCUAGGAUCAUUCCAUGUCCCUCUCCUUUUCUCACACCAUCACCCAGAGGUUUCUGGAUUUGCAGAAUUUGUUAAGGCAGUGAACCCUUCCACAUACCCAGAAGACUUUUUCCUUGCUCGCCUGUGGUUCCUUUCUUUUAAUUGCUCAGAUUCUGAGUCUGACUGUGUAACAUGGGAGAACUGUCCUCAUGAUGCCUCCUUGGAUUGGUUGCCUGGGCACACUUUUGACAUGACUAUGUCUGGAGACAGUUACAAUAUAUAUAACGCUGUCUACGCUGUGGCCCAGGCUCUCCAUGAGAUGCUGCUACAUCAAACAGAAGUACAAACAAUAGGAAAUACAAAAGGGAUGGUGCCUUCCCCUGCACAGUUGCUCCCUUUUCUGAAGAACACCCAAUUUCAGAAUCCUGUUGGAGAUCAGGUGAUUUUAGAUAACAAAAGAAAAUUGGAGGCAGAGUAUGACAUUGUGAACAUUUGGAAUUUUCCACAAGGUCUUGAUCUUAAGGUGAAAAUAGGAAAGUUUUCUCCAUUUGCUCUACAUGAUCAUCAACUAUCUUUAUCUGAAGAUUUGGUAGAGUGGGCCAUAGAAACUACAGAGCCUGUUCAUUCUGUCUGCAGUGAGAGUUGUGGUCCUGGAUUCAGGAAAUCCCAUCAGGAGGGAAAGGCUGCCUGUUGCUUUGAUUGUACCCCUUGCUCAGAGAAUGAGAUGGCUAAUGGGACAGACAUGGAGCAGUGUGUGAAGUGUCCAGAUCAUCAGUAUGCCAACACACAGAGAAUCAGGUGCUGCCUAAAAGCUGCAAGCUUCCUGGCUUAUGGAGAGCCCUUGGGGAUGGCCUUGGCCUGCAUGGCUCUUGGUUUAUCGACACUCACAGCAGCUGUCCUUGGGGUCUUUGUGAAACAUCACAACACCCCCAUUGUCAAGGCUAAUAACCAGGCUCUCAGCUACAUCCUGCUCCUCUCCCUCAUCUUCUGUUUCCUCUGUUCCUUGCUCUUUAUUGGCCAUCCCAACACAGUCACCUGCAUUCUACAGCAAACCACAUUUGGGGUUGUAUUCACUGUAGCUGUUUCUGCUGUUUUGGCCAAAACUGUAACUGUGGUUCUAGCCUUCAAAGUCACUUCUCCAAUGAGAAGGAUGAGGUGGCUGCUGGUGUCAGGGGCUCCUAACUUCAUCAUUCCCAUCUGCACCCUGAUCCAGACGACUCUUUGUGGAAUCUGGCUGGGAACCUCUCCUCCUUUUAUUGACACAGACACAUACUCUGAACAUGGCCACGUCAUCAUCCUGUGUAACAAGGGCUCCCUCACUGCCUUCUACUGUGUCUUGGGAUACCUGGGCUCCCUGGCCCUGGCCAGCUUUACUGUGGCUUUCCUGGCCAGAAACCUACCGGACACCUUCAAUGAAGCCAAGUUCCUGACCUUCAGCAUGCUGGUGUUCUGCAGUGUGUGGCUCACCUUCCUGCCUGUCUACCACAGUGCCAAGGGCAAGGUCAUGGUGGCUGUGGAGGUCUUCUCCAUCUUGGCCUCCAGUGCAGGGCUCCUGGGCUGCAUCUUUGUCCCCAAGUGCUACAUCAUCUUGAUAAGGCCUGAUAUAAAUUGCGUGCAUGGCUUUAGGGACAGAAAAUGCUCUGGGAUGUAUGUGUGUGAGGUUCACAAAAGAGCCUUGGUGGACGCGCUAAAUAGGGCUGCCAAUGGGAUCUGUGGGAGACGUCCCCAGACCCCCAUGUGGGGACCACAGGUUAUUGCUGUGUUGGACUUGGUAUUGGAGAAUAAGCAAGCUCUUGCUCAGCUUAACUCUGCCACCGCCGUGCUGCAGUUUCCCAAGUGGCGGAACCGCGCAGCGGUGGCACCGCACUUCCGCCGCGCCACCGUGCUCGCCCCGCCGGACUCGGCUGCCCAAAGACUUCCACACUAG